GCCGGUGAUUCUCCGGGUGGGGAGGGUGAAGCACGUGAUGUGGAAUUGUGCUCGAUUGUGGAAAUCGCUUAGGUGGGCCCCGUGGCACAGCCGAGUCCAGCUUGGGACUAAGAUGGACUAGUGGAGUAUCUCUCGAAGAUUAUGUCAUCUUUCGAGAUUGAGCGCGGAGUGUCCGCCGGCAUACCGCAUUGGAUGUCACUCAUCGGCUUCGAUAACCUUCCGAUACGGCAUCCACCAAGACCACCGAACGCCCCUCUAUUCACAGCCUCCACCUUCUUCCGCGACUACAGUGACAUAUCCCCCCGACCGAACCUCAACCUCCACCAUCCUACUUGAUACACUCGAUCAUCCUACACACUCGAUCCGACAGACGAAACACUGCAAAGGAUGUCGCGCAAGGGCGUCGGCCUUGCGGCCUUCGACCGCUCCCGCAUCACCUCGGCGCAAUACGCAUCGCACGGCUCCAACCUCCGCACAUCCAACUCCCAAGCCCUCGAGACCCAGCUCUCUGUCUUUCGCUCCCUCCUCCAACAGUUCGCGCAGACCCAUGCAAAAGAUAUCCGCUCAAAUCCGUCCUUCCGCGCCCAGUUUGCUCGCAUGUGUUCCGCCAUUGGCGUCGACCCGCUCGCCUCCUCAUCGUCCUCAGGCGGGGGUGGAUCUUCGUCGAUAUGGGCGCAGCUGCUCGGCCGGUCCGUCAACGACUUUUACUUUGAGCUGGCGGUGCGCGUGGUGGAGGUAUGCAGCGCGACGCGCGACGAGAACGGCGGGUUGAUUGGCGUCCGCGAGGUGCGGGAGCGGAUCAUGAAGGGACGCAUGGAGGGCGCCAGCGAGGUGACGGAGGAUGACGUGUUAAGAGCCGUCGGUACUUUGAAGCCGCUGGGUAGCUCGCACAGUGUUAUCAAAGUCGGAAGCAAGUCAUACAUCCGGAGUGUACCCAAGGAGCUCAAUACGGAUCAGAGCGCUGUGCUGGAGGCUGUGCAGGUGCUGGGAUACGUGAGCAUCUCGAUGCUAAUGGUUAAUCUUCGAUGGCCGAGGGCACGAGCCCAGACUGCCUUGGAGGAUCUUCUUGGCGAGGGGAUGUUGUGGGUAGACAAGCAGUGUCCCGAAUGGGAGUACUGGAGCCCCGGCUUCAUGGUCGACACCGGCGAGGCGACAACAGGGGAGUGAAGCAAGCCAUCUGCCGCUCAACAAAAAAGCUCAGGCACAUGCAGAAGAAACGAGUCGUUGCGUUUUAAGCAACGAUGGCGGUGCCCAAUACCUACCGAGGCAGUCAGCUCUGAAAGACCAAAAAAGAGUUCACCUCGGUAGGCUACAUCUC